AUGGCUCUCUCGUCUUCUAUUUCACCCCACACGACUACCACGACCACGAGUAAUAAUACGACUUCCACGAUCUCUAAAACUCCUAAUUCCUCUUUCCAAAAGUCAAAUUCUGUCUCGAAUUUGAUUGGUACAAAUAACAAUCAAAUUCAAAUCAUACCCUCGUCCUCAUCAUCUCUUCUUACCUCUAACAGCAAGAGCAAGCCGCCUACACAUAACUCAAUCACAACAACUACAACCCCAAUCACCACCACCAAUACCUCAGCCUCAGCCUCCUCAAACUCAUCACCACCAUCACCACCACCACUACCACUACCACUACCACCACUUUCGGAUCGAUUCAUUCGAGAAGACGAAACGUCUCAAAUUUUUACCAAAGAUUCUUCUAGAAUAUCUUCAGUAAUACUUUCUGUUCGACCUUUACCUUUUGAUUCAGAAUCUUCUUCUUCAUUGAUCGUUCGCGAAUCGAGUUCAAAGGAACUGAUACCUCGUACAUCUAAUAAUACUUCUUCUAAUAAGCAACAUCGACAAUCGACUAGCUGCUCAUUGAGACAAAAUCGAAGUGGCUUGUUUAACUUGGCUUUAUUGGCAAGGAAUAAAACUAGCAACGCAUUACGUUCACGUCAUUCAUCAAGCCAUAUUUUAGAUUCAAGUACAGAUCAAAUCACUCCUUUGAAGAGGAUCAAUAAUAAUAGGUCAAAGUCGGAAGAGUCCAUUAUUGCUGCAAGUAAGAAAGAACAUACCGAUACAGGUUGUUCAUCUUCAUCUUCUUCAUUCAGUCAAACCCCGACAUCGACAUCGACAUCGACAUCGACAUUGACAUCGACAUCAACAUCGACUACAACCAAAACGAUUCCAGAAUACGCACCUCCUACCGAUUUCCUUAGUCGUCGUCAGUCGUUACUCGGUAGCAAUACUCCGUCGCAGGCGUACUCGAAUACUGCAGCCGAUACCCCACCGUUGAUCCACUCACAUCAUAGGACGAUAAAUUCAAGCAAGAUGCACCAAACAUCGUCGCGCUUGUUGCGCAUGACGAGUGAUGAUAGACCGUUCACUAGAGAUUUUAAGGAUUUAUUCGCAACGUUGGUAGUUAGUUUACCACUAGCAGGGCACCGCGUACGAUUAACUAGAAUUGAGCAUUCGUUUCUUUCAGAAGAGGCUAUCAAUAAUUUGGGUUCUUUAAAAUUCUCACAGUCGAAUCGUAUGCCAGAUCCAAAAGACCCCUCGCGCAUCGUCACCACUACUACGACAACCACUUUUUCUAUGGCGCGGGAAAUGGCUCGAUCAGUAUGUCAGCGCUUUUUGGAUGCACGAUUUAUUGAAUCUGCGGACGGCAAGCAAGCAAAGGAUUUCUCAAUGAAGGGGUCCAUAUGGCAGUUGACACCAAAAGGUAUUCAUGUUUUGGAAAGAUUUUGCUCGAAGAAUGGAAUACAACAAAGACAUGUCGCAGACCUUAUCGCAUCCCCACGAAACACAAUGCAAUUGGUCGUUUUAGAGAGAGAUUCCGCUACGGACAAACUUUCCUCAGAUCGAAGCACAAUUGAGGUUAUUUUCCGCAGAUUCGUCGGUCAAAACGGACCAAACAUCAAGACCAGCACCUCAUCAGCUGAUUCGGACUCAUUGAGCGAGUACAAGGAUGGAAUCGCUGGUGUAAGAAUGGCAGGAGAGCGUAAAGUUGGAUCGCCACCUAGAACUGUUUUUCAGACAUUUACCGGAAAGGCCGCUUGUGACUGGUUGAUGGAUUGUUGUACUACGGUGGACAGACGGGAAACUACAGAAGUGGCGUCGCUAUUCUUGGAGCAAGAACUAAUCUGGUGCGUUCAGCCCGACAGGCAAUAUCAACAACAGCUUCCUCCCUCAGAUGAUAAGAAGGAUUCCCGAUUUCAACCUACAAAGUAUGCCUACUAUCAAUUAUCACAAAAGGGCAAGGACGUCAUCAACAUGACUUCAAGGGAUCGUACUUCUGAAAGUGAUGGAACUUCAGCAGCAAUUAGAGCUGGUGUAUCACGCGAUUCGAACACUCAGAAGUUGGACAAAAUCCUUAACGAUGCUGCGCUACGUUUGCUUUUCCGCGAAAAUCUACGGGAUACACAUUGUGAGGAGAACCUGUCUUUCUAUCUAGAUGUCGAGGAAUUUUUAAAGUCAUGCAAAGCGGCUAUAAGAAAUGUGGAUCCAACCAAGGGCAAAUCAGGAGGAAGUCUCGAUUCCGUCAAAGAAACCAUGGCCUCGGCGUACGGCAUCUACAAUGCGUUCUUGGCUCCAGGCUCACCUUGCGAGCUUAACAUCGAUCAUAUGCUCAGGAAUCAACUUGCUACCAGGAUGACCAAAGCUGUGGGACAAGAUGCUGCUAUGGUUGAGAGUCUGAAGGAAGUCACCAAACUAUUUGAAGAGGCUCAGCUGUCUGUCUUCAAGCUGAUGGCUAGUGAUUCCGUACCGAAAUUCAUGAAGAGCUCCAAAUAUGAACAGACUCUAAAGAAUUACGAUUUCGAUUCAAUAGCUCCAAAUGGGUCACGGUACAGCUUACCUGAACGCUCUGUUAGCAAAUCUAACAGGUAG